AUGAAACGAGGCCUGGCGUGCCUGCGCUGUCGGGCAGCAGCAUGGACGCCCCCGCCAGCAACAGCAGCAUCAGCAUCAGCAGCAGCAUCAGCAGCAGCAGCAGCAGCAGCUCCGUCGCGCGCGUUUGCAGACCACAGGCGGCCGCCGACGGCCCCCAAGCCCAUCAUCGACAUCAAGCACAUCCGCCAAAACCCGCAGCUGUACGAGCAGACGUGCGUGGAGCGCAACUACAAGCGGCAGGCGCAGAACCCGGCCAAGAUCCUGCAGCUGCACUCCCGAUGGCAGGACCUGCAGCGGCAGGGCCGGUCGCUCCGCGAGCGGUCGAACCUGCUGCGCAAGUUCCUCGCCAACCCGGCCACGAGCAGCGGGGACGACGACCUGGCCGACAUACGCGCCAUGAGCAGGGAGCAGGUGGUGGAGCAGGCCAGGGAGCUCAAGGGCCAGCUGGCCGUGAUCGAGAGGGGCGAGGCGGACGCGGCGGCCGAGAUGGAGGCGCUGGCGCUGGAGAUGCCCAACCUCACCAGCCGGGACACGCCGCGGGGGGGCGAGGCCCGCCUUCUGGGCUGCAUCAACGAGGCGCCGCCGGCGGUUGACGACGCCGCUGCGGCGUCGGCGUCGGCAUCGGCAUCGGCAUCGGCAUCGGCAUCGGCGCAGGAGACGCCGGCGUGGCGGUCGCACGUGCACAUCGGGUCCGAGCUGGGGCUGCUGGACUUUUCCGGCGCGGCCACCGCCUCGGGCUGGGGGUGGUACUACCUGCUCGGGGAGGCGGCGCAGCUCGAGCAGGCGCUGGUGCAGUACGCGCUCGCCGUGGCCGCCCGGCGCGGGUGGACGCCGGUGUCGCCGCCGACCAUGGUGUACAGCCACAUCGGCGCCGCGUGCGGGUUCCAGCCGCGCGACCACCACGGCGAGCAGCAGGUCUACACGGUGGCCCAGUCGGCGGCGGACGCGGCGCGCGGCGCGCCCCCCAUGUGCCUGGCCGGCACGUCGGAGAUCCCCCUCGCGGGCAUGAAGGCCGACGCGACCAUCGACCCGGAGGACCUGCCGCUCAAGCGCGUCGCCGUGUCGCGGUGCUACCGCGCCGAGGCGGGCGCGCGCGGCGCCGACGCCAAGGGCCUGUUCCGCGUGCACGAGUUCACAAAGGUCGAGCUGUUUGCCUGGACGGCGCCCGACGACGCGCGCGCCCGCCUCGUCUUCGACGAGGUGCUCGGCCUGCAGGCCGAGAUUGCGCGCUCGCUCGGCCUGCGCUGCCGCGUGCUGGAGAUGCCCGCCGCGGACCUGGGCGCCUCGGCCGCCCGCAAGGUCGACACCGAGGCCUGGUUCCCCAGCCGGCAGCACGUCAACGGCGGCUGGGGCGAGAUCACCUCGGCCAGCAUGUGCGCCGACUACCAGGCCCGGCGGCUGGCCACGCGGACCCGCGUCGACGGCGCCGUCACCUUCCCCUGGACGCUGAACGGCACCGCCCUGGCGGUCCCGCGCGUCCUGGCGGCGCUGCUGGAGGCCGGGUGGGACGAGGAGACGAGCUCCGUGGCCGUCCCGGAGGUCCUGCGGCCGUGGAUGGACGGCAAGACGAGCAUCGGCAGGACGGGGAGGAAGAGGGGUGCCGUGACGCUGUGA